GCUCUUCUUCUUCUUUCUUCCCUUUGCAGCCACCCGAAAGAAAAAAAAAAGGGAAACCCAGCCAUGCCUUGGAAAACCGGUGAGAAAGCUUGGUUUUUGGCCUUCUUUUCUUGCUCUAGAACACAAAUUGAACCCAGAAAUUCUCCCCCCUGCUGGAAAAUCCGGAUCUGCCUUGCUCUGUCCGCCGGCUGCUCUUGUUGUGGGGGCAAAUUGCUUGGGUUUUGGAAUUUUGAUAGAUUUCCCGUGAGCUUUCUUCUUCCAUGCCGUCGGCCUUUCCCCAAUCUGCAGCUUCGGUUUUAGCUGGAGAAUUAUGGUUCUCGAUCGUUCUGUCAGUUUAGUACGUGAAUUGAGUGCUCGGUUUUGCGGAGUGAGGUAAGUAAAUUAUGGUAACACCCGUACUGUUUUAAAAGCAUGUUUUGAUUUGUUUUUGAAGUGGUGGCGGGACUAAACCCGUUUUAUACAGAAAUGAGCAUGAUUGAUUUGAAAUGAGAUUUUGAUGCUUUCAUUAAAUUGAGCAUGCCUACUUGGAAAUUUAAGUGAUUGUCCUGAUGAUUUGAAAGUGAUUGGUAAAGUAUGAUUUUUCUGUUAACCUCUGCCUGUUUUGUCUCCGAUGUGGUCAUGUUAUUAGUGACCCUGCUAGUGGGGGAGUUUAUAAGCGCUAGCACAUGUCGGCACAUGUCGAUAUGUUAUUAGUGACCCUGCUAGUGGGGGAGGUUAUAAACGCUAGCACAUGUCGACAUGUUAUUGAUAGAACCGGUUCGUUGAGUGACCCUACUAGUGGGGGUUAUACACCAGCAAACAGUGACCCUGCUUGUGGGGAUUAUACACUGGCAAACAGUGACCCUGCUUGUGGGAAUUAUACACUAGCAAACAAUGCACCUGCCAGUGGGUGUUAGACGUUGGCCGUGACCUAUAGAGGAGAUGUCUAUUUCGUUCUCGUAUUGUAUCCGUUUUUCGUGAUUGCACAUGUUGGCAUGCUAUAAGUUUAAUUAAGGGCUAUCCAUAUUUACUUACUGAAUUUAUCUCAUAGUUUUUCCUUGUCCACCAUUUCAGGAACCGAAACCGAGGACGGGGAAACCACGGGAAGUGACGAGUUAGAUGGCCAGCCAUUUCGAGAUUGAUAUAGAUUUUAGAAAUAAAUCGUGAUUUUAUAAGCUAGAGUGUAUUUGGAGAUUUAUGAUAUCGGAGAAAUUUUAAAGAUUUGAUCUUUAGAUUUUGGUGUUAUCAAACUGUGAUAUGAUAAGUUCCAAGCUUUGUGCAUUUGUGAGACUUUCUCACAAGUGCACGGCGUCUGUCGCGCCUCUAAUUCGGGUUUUGGGGUGUGACAGUAACUUUGAUUUAAGCACUUAUAUUAAUAUAUCAAAAUAGUUUGU